AUGUCAGUUUAGGUGUAGAUGUUGGUUGUAAACAAAUUUGCUGCUGCUGGACCGGUAGAAUUAUUUAAACAUAAUGAUUGGCGAGGAAAAACAUGUUUUUAGAAAAACUGUGCAACAUUUGGCGAGGUCCCUUGCCGCCAUCAAAAAUACUCCAUGGGAGAAAGUGAACACACUGUUUGCGUUGUGCCCUCAAGAAAAUGCACAAGGGAUAUUUCGUCUUGAUCAGAGGGGACAAGAUGCGGUCAUUGCUUUGGGUCUUUAUUUUUUGGAAUCAAAUUUCCAGCACAAGGAUAGGAUUCUACCGUAUUUUGUAAGGUUGCUGAAGGGUCUCGCGAAAGCAGUCUGGUUAGAUGAAGUGCGCACUUCAUCUACGGAAAAAGUACCAGUAGCAGAAAGAUUUAGUUUCUGCUUAAACACACUCCUGUCAGACGUUGCAGCGAAAUAUGAAGCCGUACGAGAUGAGAUCAUAGCGACUCAAGUUGACUUUCUUGGAGUGUAG